AGGAAACGGCGCCAUAAGCGCGCGAAAUAACGUUAAUUCUCUUGAACAGAAGGGCUUCUCUGAGCCCAGUACACCGGAAGUCCAUGAACGAUGAGGCGGGGCAAGGAAACGUCGAUUCCGGCAAGCUCGGUAGUGCCCGCCUUGUGGACCCGAUCCGCCACUAAGGAGCCGGAAGCGUCGCCUGACACUUCCCCCGUGGACUCUUCUGCGGCGGACGCCAGUUCUCAGGGCGACCCUUUCCAGGCUCCCCAGCCUCCGAGCAAGCUCCCCUCCGCCAGGGUUGGUGAACGUCCGCUGGACGCCGAUUUGGCCCCUGCUUUGCGGCCCGAGAUCAACCAGCACAGCGUCAGGAAGUGGGUUCGAAGCUUGUCCUUGGAACCGGGCAAAAUGUUCAACAUAUUCCGAUCCAUCCCUACGCAGAUGGACUACAAAGGGCAAAAAUUAGCAGAACAGAUUUUCCAAGGAAUCAUUCUCGUGUCUGCAGUAAUUGGUUUCAUUUAUGGAUACAUCACUGAACAGUUUGGCUGGACAGUUUACAUAGUAAUGGCUGGAUUUGCCUUGUCAUGCCUGCUAACUCUCCCUCCCUGGCCUAUAUAUCGUCGUAAUCCUCUGAAGUGGUUACCUGUCCAGGAAUCUGCAACGGAUGAUAAGAAGCCAGCAGACAGAAAAGUAAAAAGGCACCCUAAAAACUAAAACUAUCCUGUAUAAUUUUUGGCCAUUAAAUUUGUUUUGAAGUCGA